AUGCAGGAAGAAACCAGUGCUGGUAACAUGCUGAUCAAUCUUACAACAAACAAUGGGAAUGAUGAAAACGAAAAACUAGAACAUACGGGAGUAUAUAACCUCAUGCAGGAAGAAACCAGUGCUGGUAACAUGCUGAUCAAUCUUACAACAAACAAUGGGAAAGAUGAAAACGAUAAACUAGAACAUACGGGAGUAUAUAACCUCAUGCAGGAAGAAACCAGUGCUGGUAACAUGCUGAUCGAUCUUACAACAAACAAUGGGAAAGAUGAAAACGAUAAACUAGAACAUACGGGAGUAUAUAACCUCAUGCAGGAAGAAACCAGUGCUGGUAACAAGCUGAUCAAUCUUACAACAAACAAAGGGAAAGAUGAAAACGAUAAACUAGAACAUACGGGAGUAUACAACCUCAUGCAGGAAGAAACCAGUGCUGGUAACAAGCUGAUCAACCUUACAACAAACAAUGGGAAUGAUGAAAACGAAAAACUAGAACAUACAGGAGUAUAUAACCUCAUGCAGGAAGAAACCAGUGCUGGUAACAUGCUGAUCAAUCUUACAACAAACAAUGGGAAUGAUGAAAACGAAAAACUAGAACAUACGGGAGUAUAUAACCUCAUGCAGGAAGAAACCAGUGCUGGUAACAUGCUGAUCGAUCUUACAACAAACAAUGGGAAAGAUGAAAACGAUAAACUAGAACAUACGGGAGUAUAUAACCUCAUGCAGGAAGAAACCAGUGCUGGUAACAAGCUGAUCAAUCUUACAACAAACAAUGGGAAAGAUGAAAACGAUAAACUAGAACAUACGGGAGUAUAUAACCUCAUGCAGGAAGAAACCAGUGCUGGUAACAAGCUGAUCAAUCUUACAACAAACAAUGGGAAUGAUGAAAACGAAAAACUAGAACAUACAGGAGUAUAUAACCUCAUGCAGGAAGAAACCAGUGCUGGUAACAUGCUGAUCAAUCUUACAACAAACAAUGGGAAUGAUGAAAACGAAAAACUAGAACAUACGGGAGUAUAUAACCUCAUGCAGGAAAAAACCAGUGCUGGUAACAUGCUGAUCAAUCUUACAACAAACGAUGGGAAUGAUGAAAACGAAAAACUAGAACAUACGGGAGUAUAUAACCUCAUGCAGGAAGAAACCAAUGCUGGUAACAUGCUGAUCGAUCUUACAACAAACAAUGGGAAUGAUGAAAACGAAAAACUAGAACAUACAGGAGUAUAUAACCUCAUGCAGGAAGAAAGAAACAAGUGCUGGUAA